AUGGACCACAGAGACCUGACACCCGUUUUGCAAUAUCUGGCAGCGGGCCAGGCUGGCAAGUUUGACGACAGCUGGGCAAAUCCCGAUCCAGCAACGCUUGAAAUGGCAGAAUCACUGUACAUUGCGCAUCAUGGCCGGCUCCCCAGUCCGGCCCCGGUGGCACCGAAGCAACUUGAGCCGUCCGAAAAGUUUCGAGUUUACGUUGUAAACUUUACGGAAUGUAUGCAUCAUUUCUUGGAGGUCACUGGCGACAAGAGCGCGACCGAGGCCUUCAGCUGCAAGUUCUGGGAUGGCGUGGAGGACGAAGUGGCAAAGGCAAUGGAAGCCUUCGAAGGCCACGACAAGAGACGCCGCAGUUGGCGGAAACCCUUUGAAGCAGCGGAUAGACUUGGCGGUAUUGCUGCCCGCCGCAUCGAAUUCCUGGUCCAACUAAUACCGGACGGUGAGUACACUGGUCUGCUAGCCGGCGGUCUGAGACUAUUGUGCAAUGUUGUACUUACAGCCAAUGUCUUGACGGCAAAGCGCAAAAAGGAGGUCCGCGAGACCAUCUUGCAGAUGCUGGACAGUUUGGGCGACACUGUCUCGCAUAGCAAGGCACAGAUCAAGCUUUACAGCGACGACCCGGAUUUGAAAGAGAAGUCGGAGGACCUCUAUAUGGCCAUUCUGGACUUUGUUGCCUACGUCGUCUCUUAUCUGAAUCGACCAAGUGCUAUUGAGUCCUUCAAGGCCUUCUUUCAGCAAGCAGACUAUGGGUCGAAGCUAGAUGAUGCCGUUGACAAGGUGAAGAAGGCCUCAGCAUCGUUCGAGGGCUCUGUGUCAAUCUGCUUCCAGACGCGCGUUGAGGAAAUUGACAAGAACGUCCGGGCUCUAGUAUCGCCAAUCAUGGCUUUAUACUUCACCCUCGGGGGACUUUAUGUGGGACCAAUGCAGCCCCAAAUGCCACCCCCUGGGUUCAACGCUUCUCAGUUGUGGCCGCUUCUCUGCACCAACUGGAACGGCGGCAGCCCAACCGUGGCGGAGGAUUUACUGGCCAUUUCCAAGGCGGACGUCCAGCUAGCCCUGAGAUCGCCGCCGUCGUCCAUGGGUCAGAACCAGAUCGGGUAUCUCCUGAUUGAGGAUGCAUUCGUGGUCUGGCUCAAGUCUCUUGAGUCACAGAUCCUUGUCCUCCACGACGAGCAGUCGCUAGAAGGUAGCUCGUCGCUCUCCACCCUCAGCUACCUCUGCGCCUUGAUCACCGAGAUGAUGUCCGCCCCUGGCAUGAUCCGGCUCUGCUUCUUCUGCGGCCUGCACUCUGCGGACGGCGACGUAUUGGGAGGCGGCUACGGACUGAUGCGCAGUCUGACGCUGCAACUCCUGCAACCAUUUGGGAACGCCAACCUUUCCCCGACCGGCAACGACCUGAAUCUGCUCGCUCAAGGGCUCAUGAUGAACGAUUUAUCGACGACUUGCUCCGUCUUCAACAUGCUUUUGCACAACGUACCCGCCGGUGUUGUAUAUAUCUUGGUAGAUGGCGCAUUCUGGUAUGCAUCGGGGUCACAUGGCGAUGAAAUGGCGGCUGUGAUGGCGUUCCUGAACCGACUCGUCCUCGAGUCGCGAGCUAAUGCUAACAGAGGAUUGGUGCUCAAGAUUCUUGUCACGAAUCCCACUCCUUCGCAGCGGAACGGUUGGGAUAUAUAG